GUUCAGCUUAUGCUUGGGAAGCAAUCACCAUGUGCACUUCAAGUCUGAUCUUAAAAAUUUUUUUUAUUUAAAUUAUCCAGCCAAUUGUGAAGUAAUUGUACUUGAAGACAAUUUUGAAUAUAACUAUUCUGGAAUAUAACAGAAUUACUCUACGCAUACAGAUCAUUAAUUAUUAAGGAUCAAUAUAAACGUACCUUGCUCAGCGAGACAUCGACUUGAACCGAAAAGAUGAACAAGGUGGACUACAAGGAGGUGACUCUCCCGAAUUAUUCCUACAUAUUUAAUUUCGAGGAGACGUUCAGUCACCACGAGACCAAGCAAUGGAUGAUGGAGAAUUGGACGAACGGUUUCUAUUACUGCGGAUUUUACAUGAUCCUAAUAUUCGGAUUGCAACACUAUAUGGCCAGCAGGCCCAGAUUCGAACUCAGGGGAAUAUUGUGUCUUUGGAAUACGUUAUUGGCUAGCUUUUCUAUCAUUGGCUUCACCAGAACGGCGCCUGAGUUAAUACACGUUCUCAGGCAUCACGGACUGCUCCACAGCAUUUGUAUACCAAGUUUUAUCGAGCAGGAUUGUGUAUCAGGCUUUUGGACGUGGAUGUUCGUGUUGUCCAAGCUACCUGAGCUCGGCGACACAAUCUUCAUUGUGCUACGCAAACAGCCGCUAAUCUUCCUGCAUUGGUAUCACCAUAUCACUGUUUUACUGUACUCUUGGUUCUCGUACUCGGAGUACACUGCGUCCGCGCGAUGGUAUGUCGUGAUGAACUACUGCGUUCACUCGAUCAUGUACAGCUAUUACGCCCUUAAGGCGAUGCGGUACAGCCCACCUAAAGCGAUCUCCAUGGUGAUCACGACGCUACAACUUGCCCAGAUGGUGGUUGGUUGCAUUAUCAACAUAUAUGCCUAUCAGUACCUGGAGAGCGGCAAUGUGGACUGCAACAUCACCCGCAUGAACAUCCGUUUCAGCUUCGCGAUGUAUUUAAGCUAUUUCGUUCUAUUUGCGCGAUUCUUCCAUAAGGCGUACUUGACUAGAAAGAAGACCGAUAAGAAACAUUUUGCCACUAGCGCGCCUGAUCACAUUGGCUAUAAUGAAAAGCUCAAAGUCAACUAAGACGGUUAUUUGGCACACUAGGACGCCUGGGCGCCCUUUUCUCUAUCUUACCGCCCUUCUCUUUUUUUUCUAACUCUCAUCUCUAUUUUCCUCUCUAUUCUUUUUUCUCUAUUCUUUCUUUCUCACGCCGCUGGUCGACGUAGCCAUACAUCCAGGAUCUAUUUAUAUUAGAAAAUAUUAGGGUUCAACGGCUUCUAGGAUUCACGUGUUCAGUGGAUACUAUUGCUCUAAACUUAAGGAUUUACGGACUGUGAUGUGUUUGUUCAACUAUAAUGCCAGAUAGUUUUUAUUUUUUUUUUUUAUUAAACAAUUAUUUUAUAUGAAAUAAUUAUGCAUUAAGAUAUUAAUUGAAUUUAUGUGGGUCAAAUAUAUUUUUUUAAUUAUGAUUAUUUAAUAACACUGAAAUAUGUAUAUUUUUUAAACCCAAUUUUCAUUGUUUAGACAAGCAUUUUACAUUAAAUUGAUUAAUAGUAAAUAAAUACGCGAUUGUUAUUUAUUUACACUUUUUUUAAAAUGAGAGAUGUUUCAGGCCUUCGAAAACUAAGUAUAGACUCACCACUGCAUUAGAGUCUGCAUUCUAAGAUAUAGAAUUGUUAUGUUCAUUAAGUUGAAAUGUAUAAAGUUAUAUAUAUUUAUAUAUAGAGCCUAAAGUGCACGGGAAAGCUCUAAGUCUUCAGAAUUUGUAAAUACAUCUGAAAAGAAUUUUAGAUUAAUAGAGUACACAUAGGAUUUUAUAUAUCCUAGAAACCAUCGAAUCUUAGGUCCACAAAUCCUAGAAAUCAUAUUUCUUAAAAUCUUUUUAGAUUCUAGGAGCCGUACGUCCUAAAAAUUAUAGAUCUUGGGUGCGACAUUUCUCAGGAUCCUUAAUAUCCUAGGACUCGUAAGGCAGAAUUUAUAGAGCACAGAAUCUGUCAGUCCUUGAGCCCAUUAGAUUCUAAGGCACAUAUUUAAGAUGCGUAUCUCGGGAUUUCUACAGGAUUCUAAGAUCUACUUUAUAGGAUUCGUGAAACAAUUAAUUGAUAAAUUCUCGAGUCUAUAACACAUAGGAUUCAUAUUAAAUUAAGAUCUUUAGAUCCUACGGUCUUGGUCGAUCCUAGGAUAGACCUUUUCAGGGUCCUCAGGUCGUAGGAUACAUGAAUUCUAAUUGAGGAUCCAUAGCCAAUUAGUGUCCGCCCGUGCGCGGAGGUAUCUUACGAAGGGAAUUCGCUCAGAGAGGAAGGGAACAUAGCGAUUCUCCUCUUAAUUUUUUUAUAUGUAAUUAAUAAAGAGCUACUUUUGCAUGUAUGUAUCGUGUAAACGGGUGCGAGCGUGCGCGUUUCACAAGUCCGACCGGCUGUUGCACAAUUGUUAUUAUGAUUUUUUGUUACUAUCUAUAUCUCUUUUGCAAUUGAAAAAUAUAUAUAUUGGGUAUUAUUUAAUAAUAAUUUAUAAGACCAAAUACAAAUAUGUGUACAUAAUAAUUUCUUAUAAAUCCUACAUGGUACCACACAAA